AUGGCCGAUCGCGCCGAAGUGCCUCUCCAGGAUGCCACCAUGCAGGACCAGGUCGCAGACCUGUCCAAACUCCCUCCGACCCGUAAGCAGAAUAUCGCCUGCGAUGCUUGCAGGCAGCGCAAGGUGAAGUGUCACCAGGUGCCCGGCCAAACCAAGCACUGUUUAGCGAAGAACUACCCCUGCACACAUCAUGCCCAACAAGCAACUACGGAAAGGAAACGCAUGACGUCCUCCAGCAAGCGUCCUCGAGCCACUACUAGUAACGGGAGACAGGCCUCUGGCAGUGGUGGCGAGGGUUCUUCCAAGGACGGCCAGAACAUUGAACUCAAGUUCCCCACCACACAGCCGUCCCAGUCUAACGCGACGUAUGCAGCGCAAGUUACAGAAGGUUCACCGCAACCGCAAUCUGCGCUUCGGUAUGAACCGCCACGCACUUUUAGCCCUCCACUUCGCCGCGAUUCGCCUUUUGGAGAGAUUCUGGCGUAUCUCUUUGCCCCUCCAGAAGAUGGGAAAGUUGAUCGCUCAACAAUAUCUGCCAACAGCCCGCAGUACCCAUGGCGUUUUUGGGGAGAACUUGCUCACAAUCUCGAAGAGGAAAGCUAUCGAUUCGAAUUCGCACUUGAUCUAGUCGAAGUCUUCUUUCAGAUUGUACACGCGCGGCUCCCUUUUCUCAACCCAACACAGUUCCGCGAGCGCCUACAAUCGCAGAUGCCAACCGCCUCAACUACGCCGAACACCGCCUUCACGGGGGCUCAGUCAACAGCGCCACCAGGGCAGUCGCAGUUUGGCGCCUCGUCCUAUGCUUCGACUUCCACGGCACCGUUUCCGCCGUCUUCGGCCUACCACGGCGCGUCAGGGCAAUACGCAGGUGCCACACCCGCAGCAGCUUUCCACGCCGCCACGUAUAGUAAAGCGACGACUCAUCCUCUAGAGUCGCAUCCUGCCCUGAUCGCCGUCGUCAUUGCAUGGGGCGCAAAGUUCAGUGAACACCCGCUGCUGGUCGCAGACAGGAACGCCUCGGGUCCUAGUAAGCAGAGCGGACUUGCCCGCACUCUCAUCAACCGAGCAAGAGAGAUCUCCGAGGGAUUCAAGGUGCAUCGAAUACCCAAAGUCGAACAUGUGGUUAUCACCCUCAUGACCGAAUCCCUUCAAAGUCAAAAGCUUGAAGGAGACGGCUGGCGCGGAUUCUGGUUGGCUUCGGCUAUCCGGCAUCUGUUUUCACUCAAGAUUAACCAUAAGUCUGUACUCCUGAGCAUUCCAGAUCGGGAGGAGCGUGGGAUGCUCGUAUUCGCAUGGUGGUUCGCGUGCCUAUGCGAUUCUUAUGCGUCUACAUAUCACCGGCGCAUGCCGAUCAUCAAGGAUGACGACUACGACGUCGAUUUUUAUACCGCUGAGCCCCUCUCUGACGAUGCUACCCGCGCCAAUCAAGGGCCUCGAGAGCAUCUGGAGAUACUGGGAUACUACAGUGCUGCGCACGCACUUGCCCGUGUGGCGAGGAAAAUGUCUCAGCACCUGUGGACGCCGGCAGCAGAAGCCCAAGGCAUCUCUAUCGACGUACUUGCGGACAUAAUCGGCCAACUCCAAAACUGGCGUACCUCUUACCUCUCGCAAGUCGGCGUUCCAACAAACUUCGCGCCCGAGUGGGACUUCGUUUCGGCCGUCUCUGCCUGCGCCUCCGACUCCACGUUCCACGUAAUGUGGGUUAUACUGUUCAACGCCGUGGACGAUUUCGGCGUGCGCGAACUCAUCAUGCACCAUCGUAUGGGGUCCCCUCAAGAUCAGGCGUCGUAUCAAAUGCAGCUGAGGGCAGAAGAGGUUAUGCGGACGAUCCUCGACGAGGGACUGCACGGCGCCCUCCGCAUCGCUGGUUUGGCCGGCGUACUAACCAAGAACGGCUACCUUCGCCUUGACCCGGCAAUUAUGCACAUAUCGUGCAUCAACGCCGGUUCGCUCCUCGCGCGCUUCGGGCGUAUCGAGGUUGAAAACUGCGUGGCUGGAUUAGAUCAGUACGCGUACUCGUAUUGCGAAGCCGGAGAACAGGCGCGGGAUCUUGAACGCACGUAUGCGUGUGCUUCGCGAGGCGACGACCAGUUCAAGCAUAUGGCCGGCUGCAUCGCCCACUAUCACCAACAGCCUCAGCGCCCAUCGGCCGACCCACUCAGUCCACCCGGGACCAUUCUGCACGGCGUCAGCCCGAACGGCUCUCAAUCAGUGACAUCGUCGCCUUUGCAACCCAUCCACACCCAGAUGCACCAGCAUCCACACGCCGUCGGCGUGCCUCAGUCGCCGCACGAUUUGCACCCUCAUAACCAUCGGCAGAUGCAUCCGCAGGAGAUGCACAGUCCGACAACGCCGGUUACGCCUCAUCCGCUCGCUCUGAACACGCACGCGAUGCACGUCGCGGCGCACGAGCUGCAGUCGCCUAUCGACAACCCGGGCAUGUACGGCACGCCCUACUGA